GACAGUUUAUCAAACACAUUAUUAUCAAUUAUAACUGAUUAAAAAUAUAUGGAAAUAAUUUAUCUGUUGGUCACGCCUCUAAUCAACAGUUCAUUCACAGCUGUGAAGGCGUGUACAUGUAUAUUGGAGUAGUGAAAAAAUAAUAUUUAUAUAUUAUUUACGUUUGGAAAAAGUGUUUAAAAUGUCAGUGUUAAAUAAUUUUACAGUGUCGAUAGCAAAGGGCUUGAGGCGUCUUCGUCAAAGUAAGGAGCUUUGCGAUCGGGGCUCAGGUCUCACACGAAAACAGCACGGCUCCAAUGAACAACGUCUGAAAAUGCAGAAAUGUCUCAUCGUCUCCAAAGUUACCAGAUAUGAAUAUGAAAAGCACAGCCAUGAUAAUAUAGAAGAUUCAAAGCUGGAGAAGAUCUUGAGGAAGCGUGGAUCAGAUUAUGACGCAAUGAUCAGCACUCAUCGGGAACAGAAAGCGUUUGAGGAGAGUGUUGCCAGAAAUUUGAAAGAUAUGGGACUUGAAGUCGAAAUGGCUAGUAGAUUAACAUACAACGAAGAAUUAAUAAAUUGGUGCGACGUAGUGGUACCGUGUGGUGGGGAUGGAACGUUUCUUCUGGCAGCUUCUAGAGUUCGAGAUGCGAAUAAACCAGUCAUCGGCUUCAAUAGCGCUCCACACAAGUCAGUCGGUCGUCUCUGUCUGCCAACAUGGUGUUCAAACGACGUUAAGGGUGCGCUGCAGGCGUUGAAAGAGGGCAGGUUCACAUGGAUGAGGCGUUCCAGGAUAAGGACAACGAUUAAAUCUGAGCCGAAACUUCUGGACACAAUAACACCAGUUGACCUGCACACCUUGCACUAUUGCAGGUAUCCCCCAGUAUCAAAUCCACACGACAGUCCAGAAACGUCGAACAGUCCGAACUUCAGUACUGAGGAGUCGAAUUCGACGUUAGCAACUAAAGUUCUACCGUUUCUAGCUUUAAAUGAGGUAUUCAUAGGGGAGAGUGUGACGUCUCGCGUGUCUCUGCUCCGGCUACAGAUCGACAACGGUCAGUGGACGCACACGAAGAGUUCCGGUCUGUGCGUCACUACCGGUACGGGCAGCACUUCGUGGCAUUACAGUAUAAAUUGCCUCCGAACCCACUCAGUACUGGAGCUGAUGAAGAUUCUCGGCGAGGAGUUCGGCGUAAAGAUGGACAGCUCCUUGGAGAAGGCGAGAGAAGUGACCGAGAGAUAUAACCAGAAGUUGAUGUUUCCAGCUGACUCGGAGUACCUGGCGUACUCGGUGCGCGAGUACAUCACGUUCGAGGAGUGGCCGGCGCCGCGCGGGCUGCGCGUGCGCGACCGCGCCGCCGCCGUGCGCGUGCGCUCGCACUGCACCGACGCCGGCUUAGUCGUCGACGGCAGUGUAUCGUUUCCUUUCAACGAUGGAACGGAAGCGUUGCUCGAAAUCCACCCGGAAGAUUCACUCAUGACAGUACACAUGGAUGACAAGUUGCCGUAUUGAUAACAACGUACAUCGAAUUCAUUCGUAUUUCUCCUCACUUUCCUCCGGGUAACCGUUAUACAACGCGAUGAAGAGUAUAUUUUUUGGUAUCCCAGAAUGAUCCCGUGAGUGUUGCUAGUUUAAUGAUGCGCAAACGCAAAUAAUAUUUAAGGAAACGUUUAAAGCUUCGAUAAUAUGCUUUAUGUUUUUUUUGUAGAUUAUUGCAUUUAAGAUCGACACUGAGAGUGUUCUUACCUGGGUUACCAGUUAUAUCCAGUGUAGUUGAUACGGUGACCCAGGGCGCAUUUUGGGCUUGCUAUAAGAUUUAGCCUUUCUGAGCGUGAUGCACGGAUAGAACAAUAAUUAAAAAAAUUGUCUUUUUUUUAUAUACAUAUAUAUAUAAGUCCCAUGUAUAAUAACUAUACUCUAUACGAAGUUUUCUCUCUUAUCUUAACGGAGACCAGUCAAAUCCGCAAGCGCACAAAUGUGCACACACACACAAGAGGUGCACAGUCUGUUCAAUAACUCUUAUAAUCCGACGGGACGGCAAAGAGUUUUAGUAACUGUUAUUUGUAGUGGUUGAAAUUGUUAUCACAUAAACAUGGAGUAACAAUUUUAUUUUAUAGAGAUAUAUUUUUUAAGUCUAAUUCGUGUUGAAGCAAUGCGGAGACAGUCAAGGUUAUUAACAUGUUAAAUAUACAUGGUGAUGCUGUACUAUAUAAAUAAUUUUAAAAAUAACGAUUUUUUUUUUAAUUAUAAUUUAGCUCAAGGUAGCAACGUAGUCGGUUAAAUAGAGUUUGAAGUACAAGCCUAAACACUUAGCGUGUUUUUUUAAUUAAUUUUUGGUUAUACAUGCAAAAAGUUUAUAAAUAAAAUAGGUAUGUCAUAAUUUAUUUUUAAGAUAAAAUGGUUCGUAAAUGUUCAAUAAUUCAAAAUAUGUUCAAAUGAAUUUAUAAUGAGAUUAAUUGCGAACUUUUAAAAUUAAAUUUAGUUUUUAAGUGUAAAGGAACGUUGAAUUAUUAUGUAUAAUCGAUUCCAAUGGCAGAAGUUGUAAAGGUAAACAAACUACUUUGACCUUGAACUGACAUAACAUCAUUGGUCGAUAUUUUUAUAAUCUGUGUUGUUAUGGAUUCGUAAAAAAAUGGCGUUUUGAAUAUCGAAUAAAAUCGUUGUGUCGAAAUUUAAAGAUAUUUAAUCGAGAACUGUUUGUAGUGCUUAAUAUAAUAUAUCAUAAGAUUAAUAUAUAUUUUGUUUAUCUUAACUCCUGCUGUUGGUAUAUAGUAUAGUAUAAGACUGAAUUUAUGUAAGAAAUACUUGCCUUAUGUAAACAAAUGUGCUACCUAUGUGAUAAUUAUAUAUUAGUAUCCGUAUUUCGAAGUGUUUGUUUUGAUUUCGUCGUCUUAUCGUAUUGACGUCUAUGGUACUAGGACAAAAUGUCACAACUUAAAAAUUUGGAUUUUUCUUUUAUAAGAUUUUCGUAUAUCUCGGUUGUAUUUCGAUUGUACUUGAUAAGGUUGUUUUGAGCGUGACUUUUAGUAUCUGAAAGUUUGGGGUGAGAUAUGGUUCUGGGUUGAUGUUUGUUCCGUGAUUAUAAUAAUACCGUGGAGUAUUUACUUCACGUUACAAGGUAGGUUAGGAAGGUAGUUCUGGGAUUAGUUGCAUUUCAGAUAUGUUGACUGUUAAUGUUUAAAAAGCCUUGUUUAUGGUUUUUAUUAUUUUUUACCGUAACGAGAGUAUCAUGGUCAAGGAUUAAACUUAAAUCUAAAAUAAAAUUUAAACUUGCUUUUUUAAGUUUGAUACACUAUAUACAGAUACUAUUUUUCAUAUAUAUGAUACAGUACUAUAUAUAUGAUACAGAUACUAUUUUUACCAAACUCUUGCUAACGAUAACUAAUGACAAACUGUUUCUUUAUCACCCUGCUCAUUGAGAUAUGUAAGCAUUUAUCGUCACAAAUAUAAACAAAUUAUUUUCCUUUUAUAUACAGAAAGACGUACCGACAAAGAGUCCUAAGGAUAGAUUUAAAAAAUAUAUGAUAAUUGAUUUUCAUUAUGUUUAACGUAUGCCGUUUUCUCCCUUACCCUAAGAAUUAACGCGAUAAAAUAACGGAACUUACUUAUAUUACAGUGAGUACUGAUACAUUUGAAAACAUAGUCGUCAACAAAACAUGUCAUUUUAAAUGUAUUAAAUAUGUUCUUGCUUGAUGAAUAUUUAAUUUGACCUCAUUGUAGUUAUAUAAUCCUAUUUUUCAUAAGAGGAGAGACAAGCAUUGGAAUUGUGGUAGAAGUUAUAUACACUUAUGUUACAGUCAGAAAUCUUAUGUUGGUUAAAAUUAGUUGUGAUCUUUAAAACUAGUUAUUACUAGAUUUACGAUGGAGCGAGUGCAUGGGGACCUCAGCCAAAAAACCUAUGAAUGUUCUGUGUUCUGGAACACCUAGAUUGGGAUUUCUAGGGAUAUCAUAAAUGAAGUGACUUGAUAGGUUGAGUUUGUUUCUGUAAACGUGCCGUCUGACCGUAUCUCAGUACAAGGAUGAUAGGCUUGCAGUACUCCUUUCUCAGAUAACACGCUAACAGAAAUAAGACUUACUUAACAUAUGACAUAAGUCCAUUGCAUGAUUGUGUUGCCAGUUAAAAGUAAGGCUUGCAGGACUAAUCUCUCAUGAUAUGACAUAUGUCUAUAGCAUGAUUGUGUUGCUAGUUAAAAGUCUAUUUGACGGAAGUUAGUUUCGACUGUAAUAUAUUUUUU